CGGAGCCCUGCCGGGAGGCGGCGCCGCCGCAUCGAUGGCUCGGCGCUCGCGGAAGGCAGCGCAUCGACGGCUCGGCGCUCGCGGAAGGCGCCGUCAGCUCCGGCAUGGCCGGGUUCGUCAACUUCGAGGACGAGGAGGAGGUGAGGGGCUACCUGGAGAACCUGCACGUCGAGUACAGCUACCAGUGCUUCAAGGAGAAGGACCCGGACGGCUGCCAGCGCCUCGCCGACUACCUGGACGCCGUGAGGAAGGACUUCGCGGCGGCGGCGCGGGUGCUCCGCGGCAACUGCGAGGCCCACGGCCACAGCGAGAGCUGCUACAAGCUGGGGGCCUACCAGGCCAUCGGCAAAGGUGGACUCGACGCAGAUUUGAAAGCUGCCUACAACUCUUUUAUGAAGUCAUGUGAGAAGGGUGGGAAGAAGUCAGUAAAUGCGUGUCAUAAUGUUGGGCUGUUGGCCCAUGAUGGGAGAGUAAACGAUGAUAAACCUGACCCCGUUGUCGCUAGAGACUAUUACACAAAAGCCUGUGAUGGCAAUUUUGCUCCUAGCUGCUUCAACCUCAGUGUGAUAUACCUCCAAGGAGCACCUGGGGUCCCUAAGGACAUGAACCAUGCUUUGAAGUACUCGCUGAAAGGGUGUGAGCUGGGUCACAUAUGGGCUUGCGCCAAUGCCAGUCGAAUGUACAAACUGGGAGAUGGCAUUGAGAAGAAUGAUGCUAAGGCAGAGGAUUUGAAAAACAGGGCAAAACAGUUGCAUAAAGAACAGAAAGAAGCCUCAAGUUCUUUAACAUUUGGGGAGUAAAACUGUCAGUUGCAGUUAGUAAGACUCCAGGUUUAAAUGGCAAGUGAACUUGUUAUUUAAAUUGUGAGCAUGCAGUUUUCAUUCAUAACAAAUAAAUAUCCCAAAUAGAUUUUGCUUAUGCAAAUAAACUUCUAUUUUUGUGGAUGCAACAAACAUGACCAACUCUGCUGUGCCUUUCUACAUUUUUAAAUACACAAGUUCUUAAGUGUAUUGCUUAGAUCCCUUGUCUUUAAAAGGAAGGCAAAAAUCGGCCUUUUGGAAGUUUGUCCCCAUGGUUUCAUGUAUGAAAGGCUCUCUUUCAUGUCUAGCGCUUCAGUAUUGAGGCUUGUGCUCAGACCAAUUCUAACACACAAAAAAAAAAAAAAAAAAUCACAGUUGCAAGGUAGUCCCAGCUUGGACAUUCAGAACUGUGCCAUCUCUUACAUGCAGUUGUGGAACUUUGGUAGUGUGCAUGCUUGGCUGAUGUCCUCUAAGGCUGCUUUGUACCAGGAUGGCUUGAGAAAGUUGAGAAGGUUUAUUUGCUGAAGGUAACAUUUGUUAUCCUAACGUUGUAUUUAGACUUGCUGAUUUAGUUACUUUGUUGUCAUGGCAUCAAAACUGCACUUGUAACUAGGAGAAAAAAAGAGAUGACUUGUUAUAGGGAGAAAUAAUAAUUUGAGAUCUUGAUGAUCUUUAAAUUAUACAUUUAAUGUCAUAAUUUCAUCUGAGAAGUUUUGAUUUCUCAAUUCAGUCUGUAAGUUUUACAGGCUGUUAGUAUAAUUAUUUCAUUUGUGCAAAUGUUUAUUAUUUGAUUGUAAAUCAGUGUUAUGGCAUUAUUGGAUGUACUUUGAUUUCUAAAUAAUUAAGCAUUCAAUUGGAGCCAAGCCAAAAAUUUCCUGUCCAAGAACAUUUUCAGUAAAAAAACCUGGGUUCAGGAAAAAGGGCCAUGUGGGAAAGCUGUGAAGAAACUGAGGGGUAGAUCACUUCAGCAGACAAGUAAAAGCUGUUCUAGAGCAGUGUGCAGUCUUGGGAUAGACUUAUACUGAGCUGCUGCCUUCUUUGUUGGAGGUCUAGCUACAAAAUUGAAACAUUUCUGUUGGGUGACAACCUCUGAAUGCUGGUGCUCUGCCAUUCACAACGUGAGCUGCAUCCGUGGGUGCUCAUUGAUUUGAAAUGCUCGCCUGUGCACACCCCUGCUCAGUGUGUGUGCCUGGCUCUGUCACAGACCUCGCUUUACCGGGAACACUCAUUUGCACAGGGAGUGCCUGUGCAAACCCCAUUGUCACUAGACUCCUUCCUGCUUAACCUCAUGCUUUGGUGUUAUACUCGGUCUGAUGACUGCUUGUUGGUCUCAUCUGCCAUUAUUAUAUAUUAAUUUCCAUUUCUAAACAUUGUGAUAUGAAUCUUCUACAAUACUUUUUUUUUUUUUCUCCUUAUGGUAAAAAGCAGCUCACAGUUGCUUUGUAUUGUCUUUUAAAUAAAAAUUAGUAUCUCUCAAGAUACAAAGAAAGAAACAAAUGCCUUGGUAUCUGAGAGUUAAAAAUGACAUUGAGAGUUCACCUACAACAGAGUUUGUGUGCAAACAUCCUGAUGUGGGAUGUGGCACUCCUGUGCAAGUGCUGGAUGCUGCACUCAGUUGCUGUGUUUGUGCUAUAUACAUCCAGAAUGCAUGAAGAGGUUCUGUUAGAGCUGCCAACAUUAUGGACUCUCUGGUCUGAACUGAACCUGACACUUGAAGGACCAGAGGAUAGUUCUGGAUACUGGUUUAUAUUACAACCAUACUGCUGAAAGGAUGUCAGCUUGCUUGGCAAGUUAGCAAAAUACAUGCAUUCGUGUGCUUCUCAGCACACCAGCAUUUCAACUUGCACACAACCAUAGCAACAGCUGAAAUUAAAGAAUUAUUUCUAACCAAUUUUCACUAUUUUUUAGGAGGAAUAGUGAAUUAAGUAUGCUAGCAUAUUUUCUGCUACCUACUGCUUAAAAAAUUCAAAACAUGCCAGAUUUGCACUAACAGCAGCUGGCUCUUUCUUCCUUCUCUUAGGCUGUUGCUUAAAACUCAAGGCCCAGAACUUACUAAUAUGUGCAGGAGUAAUUCUGUUGAGUGCAGUGAGAUGAUUCCUCUGUGAGAGCUGGUGGCUAGAUAUUUACAAGCACUCAAGAUUUAUGAAUGCUCUGGAUAUGUUCUGUUGAAGUACCUGAGCCAAAUGGUUGUGUUUAAGUCCUCUCUUAGUUCUUUCAAAGCUGUUCUUCGACAUCUUUGUCACUGAAGCUUCACUAUACUGAGAAAGCUUUGAAGUGUGUUAAUUGAUUUAUGCAACUCUACUAUCACUCUUAAAGGCAGCGUCAACAAAGCUUACUACGAGUGUCUUGGAAGGAAUUUUAAUUUUUUUUAAACUGAGAUGUUUUAAUGUUUUUAGAUCCAAAAUUUAAUUUUUACAUUUAUAGUGAAUUUUGGAUAAGUAAGGGUAAUAAAUUGCCAAAAGAUGCAAACAGAGGAAAACUGGAAGAUUAAUCAAGUGUACAAAUAAACCUUGAUACUGUA